AUGGCGAUGUCAAUGAAGUAUUCGAAUCGAGAUCAAAUCUCGACAUUACCAGAAGAAAUAAGGCAACAUAUACUCUCUUUGUUACCUUGCAAAGAAGCAAUUAAAACUAGUAUUUUGUCGUCGAAUUGGAGGUAUGUUUGGCUCAACUUACCUACGUUAUCGUUCGAUAAAUCCAUCUUUGCUAAGAAAAUAGAAUUUCAAAGAAUUGUUGAAUUAGUAUUGUUCAAAAGCUUCCUUAAGAUAGAAACUGAGAAGUUAAGAAAUUUUAUAUUGUUGUUUUUGGACUUCCUUGAACGUAUAAAUAUUCAUAGAAAAGAUAGAGAAAAAUGUAUGCGAUACACAACUUCACAAGUGUUAGAUCUUUAUUUAUGUACACUACCGGAAUUCUACCCACGAAUCGUAUCGUUUUUCAAGCAAUUGGAGGUGAAAGAAUUACGUCUUACCUUAAACUUCGGGUUUUUAACUGAUGAGAAGGAUACCGAGUUUUUGGAAUCAAUAGGUGACCUUCAAGAAUUAACAAGUUUAUGUUUAUAUAUUGGACAGUCCGGUAAGCUAACGAGUCCUUUACGGCUUCCUUCGUGUCUUCGAAACCUUAGUCUCGAUAAUGUGGACAUACAUGUUUUGGUGCUUGAAAAAUUAUUUGAUUCGAAUUCUUGUAUCGAGAGCUUGUGCUUUAAUUGUUGCUCGGGCUUUACGAUACUUAAAGUUUACGGGCUUCCUAAAUUGAAGAUGCUCAAGGUUACAUAUAACAAAGAUUUGAUUCGUCUUGAAAUCGAUGUACUACCUAGUCUUAGCUCAUUAUUUUAUUAUUUAACAAUUCAUCAAAGAGCUAAGUUAUUGGUUUCUAAGUCCGUUGCCCUUAAGAUAUUGAAGUUAUUGAAUUAUGAUUUGCAAGAACAAUUUGGGAAUUCCAUGGAUAAUCUUGUGUUAUUAGAAAUGGAAGCUUGCAAAAAUAUACACGCUUUUAACGUGGAAAAUUGUAAGAAAUUGACGACCUUACUUUUGGAUGGUUGUCAAAUUAAUGAUGAAUGUCUCAAUAAGUUUAUAGAGACACUUCCAAGCAUCAAACAUUUGGGUAUAAAACAUUGUGAUCUCUUGGAAAAACUAAAAAUUUCGCGUAGUCAUCUUCAACUCUUGGCUUUGCUAGGGUGCAUUAAGUUGCAUAGAGUUGAAAUCAAUUGUCCAAACCUUAAUCGUUUUAGUCAUGUGAACUUCGACAACUUGAUUGUCCUCUCAUCGAUGACUCCAUUUCCUCCUACGUCGGUUAACCUUUGGCUUCCUCAUCGACGAAAUCAUAGCGCAGAGUAUGUCAACCUCCUUGAAUUGUUCAAAAGCAUUAGAAAUUGCAAAAAGUUGAUCUUAGGAGCAUAUUACAUUGAGGUAAUCUCUAGUCUCACUUUCAAGUACUUUUAA